UGGCAAGGCAACGUCAACACCAACGAAUUUAUCACGGGCGCCAUCUGGUAGAAGCCUAUAUUCUGAAAUAGUAUCAAAUAAGGCACUGAGAAUUUGGCGAUGAAUUAAUCUGCGUAUACGCGCCUUUGCUGGGCGGGCAUUGGCAAAAAAAACCGCUUAAUAUCAACAUCUCGUUCGAUUAUCAACAUGGCAGUCACUAUCAACUCCGGUAUGAGCUGUGCUUCACUGCUGGAAGAGGGAGUUUGCAAUGGCAUCAUCAUCACCUUAUAAGCGAACACUCUCAGCUGAUCAAUAUGACUCCUUCUCUUCUUCACCAAUAUCGUCCUCGGGCUUCAUCUUCACAACAUCACAAACUCUUGCUUCUCAUCCAUCUGAUAGUGCCCUCAGAUCAACAUCAACCUACCAUCUCAAUUCAAGAUGCCUCCUCUGCCAGCUAAAUACCCGCGCCAGAUCCCUCUUGAGGUCACAAUCUAUGGCCCCCACAACGCUCUCAGAGCCGCCAACUUUGGUGCAAAGCGUCUUCUCCUCUGCCGAAAGGGCUCUUCUCCUGUAGGCGGACUUACUCCCACCGCCCAAGAGCUUCGUCAUCUCAAAGGCAAGAUCCACAUCCCAAUCAGCUGCGUCAUUCGACCCCGUGGAGCUCCUAACCCUUCUACUCCUGGCGAGUCUCACGACUACGUUUACUCCAACAAUGAACUCGUCCAGAUGAGCGAGUCUAUUCGCCAGCUCAAGGAAACAAGCGUCAUGAAUGCUAUCCGCGGAGAUUCCUUCGUGUUUGGAUGUGUCAGGCGUAGCCAUGAGGAAACGACACAGAACUCUCGCGACGAAAUUGUGAUUGAUUCAGCAUACUGUCGCUAUCUCGUUAACAUGGCCAAGCCAUUUGGUUGUGUCUUCAACCGUGCUUUCGACCACUUCGCUGAACGUGGAAACUCAGAAGCUGUCAUUGCAGAGCUCAUCACUCUUGGUUUUGCAGGCAUCAUGACAGCUGGAGGGCCAGGUCUCUUCUCCAACCACGUUGAGCAGCUAGAUGCCAUGUGCCAUCAUACCACGAACAUCCAACUCAUUGUCGCUGGGGGAGUUUGCUGCCCUGAGAUCCAGAAGCUUCGAAAGCGUGCUCACAACCAUGAUCGUCUCUCCAUCUGGCUGAACGGCGAUUGUCUUCGUCCCAGAGAUCAUGAUGAUCCAGAGACUACCGAUAUGAACGGCGUCAUGUCGCUGAUUGAUCAGCUUGGCCUUCAAACUACGGACUAGUUAUCCCCUCAUGACAUCGGCAAGCAGAUCUUCUACUGACUAGGGUGCAUUCGAAGUUUGACGAACGCCAGGUCAUAUCGCACGUGUAUCAUAUGGGAAAUGUUAUGGAAGGAAACGGUUAUGAAUUUAUGAUUUAUGAGUGACGACUUAGAAAAAGUCUGGAAUUGCCUCGGAAUUCGCUAUCAGCAAGGAAACCCGUGGAGUCAAAGUGAGAUGGCCCGAGGCAGAUCACAAGAAAUCUGUAACAAUUAACAACCAGAUAUGCUCGCAUACAAAAUGCGAAUGAAUAAGAACCU